AUCAAGCUAUAAUAUCGUGAUAAUCUAUUCUAAAUAGUUAUUAUUGUAAAUGGUUUUUAUCGAAACUUCAUAGUCUUUAAAAAUAACUGCCAUUCUAAUUUUUUUAUUAUCAUGAGAUUGAUAUCUAUGUAAAACAUUAUUGUUUUAAAGAUCGCGAUUUAUUCCAUUCAACAUGAAUAGAAAAGUAAAGUUUGAAUUAAUUUCGAUUGUUGAACUUGGAAAUAUAUUUCAAUAGAAAAGGACCGAAAAAGCGAAUUGAGAUUAAGCUUCUGGGAGUUGGAAUUAAAAAUGAUAACUUUAAAGCCGAGAAUAAAUUUAUUCAAAAUUUAUUUUAAGAUAACUUGGAUAAACAUUUAGUCAACUAGAUUAAGCAAUUAUUGAUUCUUUCAAGUUUUAAUUUUAUAAUUAAAAGUUGAUUCGAUUAAUUGACUGUCAAAGGAAGGAAAAAUACUGAAUCCAAGUUUUGGGUUUUUAAACCACAAGUACCAGUAUUACCAGGAGAUUAAACCAAGACUUAUUGUUAUCUAUGUGUUACAAUAAUUGUUUGUUAACCAGAUGCAAGAUGGAGCCAACCUCUAGUUUAUUUUUCAGGUUAUCUUGUUGUCUUUAUUAGAUUACUGGUUGAAUUAUUUAUUGAAUAUGACACCUCAUUAUCAGGAACUGAUACCUUAAUCAAAAUGCUCAUGAUCUAUCCAGAUUAGAUAGAACAAUGAUACAAAAACUCUGCAAACCUAAAACAGAACGAUGUCUUUUUAUGUUAACCGCUAAGGACUGGGAAUAUUUUAAGGUUUAUCAAGACAAAAUUAGAAACACCAAUUAUAGCUUUAAUUUAUUAUCCGUAAUAGAAGCCUCUUUAAUUGAUUUGGUUAAUCAAUAAACUCUAUUUGAACAAAUCUUUCAAAUGAAAUAAAUUGCUUUAGUAAUGUAGGUGAGUAAAAUUUUGAAUUCUGCGCCACAAGAAAGAAACUUUCUCAAGAUGGCGUUCCACAUAAACCCAGCCCAUAAAAAAUACAGUGGUUUGGUCACUCCAGCUCCAGUAAAUACAGUUCUCAUUUGUUCUCAUAAUGUUUUGCUAAUCGGUAAUUAAUUAUAUAAUUAAUAAACGUUAAUCUGUUCAUUAACAUCCAAUAAAGUCCAUUCGGAUUAUCAAAUAGAGUUAAAAGUUAUUGUGAAAUUGAAGGCAAAAGUGAAAAUUUACACUGGCUAGCGGUGAAGAGAAGAUCCUGGUGGGUCCUUGCCACCAGGCCCGCCUUCCUGAUUAUGUUGGUAAUAUUUUACCUGCAGAUAUGCCUGAAUCUUGUGAGGCAUUAGAGGAAUUAAGAUGGACCCCGGGAUUACCUGAUUGUGAUUUAAUCAUGUAUCUGCGUGCAGCUCGAAGUAUGGCUGCUUUCGCAGGUAUGUGUGAUGGUGGUUCAGCUGACGAUGGCUGUUCUGCUGCAUCGCGAGACGACAUCACUAUAAAUGCACUAGAAUUGUUGCAUGAUAACAAUUAUGAUACUGGUAAAGCUCUACAAGCUUUAGUUAAGAAUCCAAUACCCAAAAGUACAGAUAAAAAGUGGUCUGAAGAAGAGCAAAAGAAAUUUGUCAAGGGUAUUCGUCAAUACGGAAAAAACUUUUUCAAGAUCAGGAAAGAGUUAUUACCUCAAAAAGAAACAUCCGAUUUGGUUGAAUAUUAUUAUUUAUGGAAGAAAACACCUAGAGCAGCAUCAACUGAUUUUAAUUCUGCAAACAGACCUCACCGAAGACACCGAAGACAAAACGUUUUGAAGAGAAUCAGAGCAGCCAAUGCCGCAAGUCCUAGUAAUAAUAAAGGUUCUAGCAACUUGGAUAAUUGUGAAGAUCAAAGUGAGAAUAUAAGUGAUCCACAAUCACCGGUUUCUCCCUCUCAAUUAGUUUCAAGUCCAACUAACGAUCAACCAAUUAUAAGUGAACCCUUGGAAAAGAAUGAAGAUAAAGUUGAAGAGUCUUCAACCGUGACAAUUAAUAACAACUCAACUGUGUUGACACAAAAGGAGGAAUCAAAUGCAUCCGAAGAAGAAAAAUUAGUUACAAUAAAACCUUCAAGCCCUAUCAGUGAUCAAGCUAGUGUCAAUGAUUUAACCGAAAAGAGUACAGAAAAAAUCGAAGAAGAUAUUGACGAAAAUGUCAAUGAAACAUUAACUGUACUUCCUAAGGAAGAAGAAUCAAGUCCUCCAGAUGAAGAUAAAACGGAGGUCAUUCAGCCAAAUUCUCAACCGCCAAGCUCACCUCAGUCACAAAAUGAAAUUUCAGGCAAACUUAAUGGACAAACAAGUACUCAACCAACAUCCAAAGAUUUAUGGGAGAUUGAAAAUCACGAUGAUAAUGAGAUCAAAAUUAAGAAAUCAGAUCCAUCUCCUACUCCAUUCUCGUCUAAUCCUAGUUGUACUCCUUUGUUAAUACCCAAACGAGAACCACCGCCAUCUCCUCCUCAAAAUGAUUAUGCUAAUGAAAGACCCACUGUUCCUCCUCCUUCCUCUCCUCCCGUUCCCUCUGAGGUGAACACGUCGGAACCUAUCAACAUGACCACUCAUCAUCCACCACCAUCUCCUGUUCGUAUCAAAGAAGAAGUUGUUUAUAACGGUAGCGAGGCCCCAGCUCGUUCUUCACCUCUGAUUCGGCGAGUCUCUCCUGCACCUCCAUCUCAACCAGCUGAAAUGCCAACCUUCCCGCAAUUCAUGUUGCCACCUAGGCCUGAAUCUCAGUCACAACAUCCUCUAUUACUACCUCCACCACCUCCUCCACCUUUAACUCAACAAUCACCUUUGAUAAAUCUUAACAACAAUAUGAAUAACUUGAAUAAUAAUAAUAGUAAUAACUUAUUGCCUCCUUCAUUGGGAUCUCAGCCCACCAAUAUUGAGACUCAUGUACAUAGAAAGACUCCAUUAGAAUCAAAUGAAGCACCUCGUAUCAAACCUCCAAAAGAGAGACACUCGUCUUCGCCAUCUUCAAGAUCAUUGCCUCCUUCCAGAUCAAACAAUACAAAUUUAAUCAAUAACUCUAAUAUAAUUACCAGUAAUAGCGGUCACAUGAAUAAUACAAGUGUCACCAUCAGUAGUAUACCGUCAAACAGUAUACCUACCAAUGGUGGUCUUCUUGGUAAUAUUGGUCGACCAUCAAAUGAUUCAACUCCAUCCUCAACAUCAGCCCAGCUCACGCAUCCAUCAUUCAGCUUAGCUACUAGUUUACCUGUUGAACAACGUUUACACGCUGUUCCAACAUCGUAUGCUUCAGCAUCUCAUUCUAGUUCAUCACCACUGAAUGUCCCUCAAAUGACUUCUCAUGGAUUUCCUUAUCCUCAUCACAUGUUACCACCUGGAUUACCUCCUUACUUUAAUCCUCAUGGAGGUGUACCUCCACCCUCUCCUCAUUGGUAUGCAGUCACUAGAGGUAUGCAACCCGGGGCGAUGGGUUUUCCACCUCAUGGUGUACCAACUCCUUCACCGCAUUCACAUUCGCACCAUCAGCCUCACUCUUCAAUGCUCUCAUCAUCUAAACCCAAAUCACCAGUCAUUUCACAUGCCAAUCGAAUAACAAAUAGUAGUCCAGCAUCGCAAUCGCCAUUAUUUCAUGGUUUACAACAACAAUCCAGUUUAUCAUCUUCUUUGUUCUCCCAAGGACCAAUGUCUAUUAAGCAUGAAAGAGACGUUUAUCGUGGCUCAUUAGAUGCUAAAAUGGAUAGAAAUGAUCUUCAAGUGAUUGAAGAGGAGGAAGACCAGCAUCCUCCGCACAUUUCUCGGGGCCCAAGUCCAGAGUUGAAAAUUGAUGACAGUGAAUGUCAUCGUAGUCAAUCUGCAAUAUUUCUCCGUCAUUGGAAUCGUGGUGACAAUUCAUGUGCAAGAACUGAUUUAACAUUUAAACCUGUUCCUGAUUCUCAGUUAGCAAGGAAACGAGAAGAAAGAGCUCGAAAAGCUGUUGAAAAGGAAAGAGAAGAACAAAAGAAGUUGGCCGCAGAAAAAGGACUCCUUGGCCACGGACCCAAUGACUCGAACCACCAUCUAAGUCCAUUUGAUCGACAUACUCCUAGAUCUAAUUUUGCUGAUACACCUGCUUUAAGGCACCUCAGUGAAUAUGCACGGCCUCAUGCAGCCUUUUCGCCAAGUUAUCCUCGUACAUCCGUUGCUGGUCCUAUGGUUGGCAGUGGACCUUCUCUAUCAUUUGGUGUUCCAAUUUCCGAAGCUCCUCAUGGAAUGGAUCCAAUGAUUCAUUAUCAGAUUGCAGGACUUUAUGGACCUGCUUUUGCUAGACGAAUUGAACAUGAAGAACGAGAGAAACGUGAACGAUUCGAAUUAGAAAAACGAGAACAACUUAAAGAACAAGAGAUGAAAAAUAGAAUGGCUUCCUUUGCAGGCCAACAAUCGAACCCUGCUCAUGGAUUUUUCGAUCCACACCUUAUCGAUAUACAACGUCGUUUUGCUGCUGCUCAAUCAGCUGCGGCUGCUGGAGCACCAAUGGGUGGAAAUCCAUCAAAUACUCCAGUUCCCCCUGGAGCCAUGGGAUCUCCAUUCUCUCUGUUUAACCCAAAUGAGAGAGAAAGAAAUGAAAUAAGAUCAAUGAUGCCCCCUGGUGCAAAUGCUGAAGCUCUUGCUGCUGCUGAACGUUACCAAGCAGAAAGAUUAAAUUUAUUUGAAUCCCUAAAUCGAUACCAAAUGUCUGGACUUACAGCGUCCGAAUUGCACUCUCAUGCUCAUACUCACGCACAUAAUCACGCUCAUGCUCAUACUCAUCUACAUUUACAUCCUGCAGAUGCAAAUUCAGCGGCGGCAGCAGCUGCGGCAACUGCAGCUACCAUGGUCCUCCCGCCGCAUCAAUCCUUUUUGGAUCCAUCGAUGAGGAACGAUGGUCCAAUGCACUCUGGUCAUUCAUUACUGCCUCCUUCCGCAUAUCAGGGUGGACCUAGAUCUGGUUUGAUGCACAGACCCGAAAUGUUACACCUUGGAGCGAGUGGACUUUUAAGACCACCCUUCGAUGACCCAAACUCUGGAUCAUGCCUUAUAAAUCCUAUGAUGCAACUUAGGCAGCAAAGAUUUUGAUUGAUUAAUCAAUAUAAUAACUGAUUUUGUGUGUUAAAAUAA